GGGGCAAUCAUGGUGCCGCUGGGGAGGGGAGAAGCUGCCGCUGCCGCCGUUGCCGGGAGCCGCCGAGAAAGGCCAUUACCUUUUCAUUUCUCACAAUUGGGCUGAGCACAACUGAACCAUGGGGGAACACAGUCCAGACGACAAUAUCAUCUUCUUCAAGGGAGAGGAAGAUGACCUAACCCCGGAUGACAAGAUGCUCAGGUUUGUGGAUGACAACGGACUGGUGCCUUCCUCAUCUGGAACUGUUUAUGAUAGGACCACUGUUCUUAUAGAGCAGGACCCUGGCACUUUGGAGGAUGACGAUGAUGAUGGACAGUGUGGAGAACACUUGCCUUUUCUAGUGGAAGGAGAAGAGGGCUUCCUAAUAGACCAGGAAGCAAUGUCCCAGGGUUACGUACAACACAUUAUCUCACCAGAUCAGAUUCAUUUGACUAUAAACCCCGGCUCCACACCCAUGCCAAGAAACAUUGAAGGUGCAACUCUUACUCUGCAGUCGGAAUGUCCAGAAACAAAACGGAAAGAAGUGAAGCGGUACCAGUGCACCUUUGCGGGGUGCCCUCGCACCUACAGCACAGCGGGCAACCUGCGCACCCACCAGAAGACCCACCGAGGAGAGUACACCUUCGUCUGCAACCAGGAGGGCUGUGGCAAGGCCUUCCUCACCUCCUACAGCCUCAGGAUCCACGUGCGAGUGCACACAAAGGAGAAGCCAUUUGAGUGUGACGUGCAGGGCUGUGAGAAGGCAUUCAACACACUGUACAGGUUGAAAGCACAUCAGAGGCUUCACACAGGGAAAACGUUUAACUGUGAAUCUCAAGGCUGCAGCAAAUACUUCACCACACUCAGUGAUCUGCGGAAGCACAUUCGAACCCAUACAGGAGAAAAGCCAUUUCGAUGUGAUCACGAUGGCUGUGGAAAAGCAUUUGCAGCAAGCCACCACCUUAAAACUCACGUCCGUACGCACACUGGCGAAAGACCCUUCUUCUGCCCCAGUAACGGCUGUGAGAAGACAUUUAGCACUCAAUACAGUCUCAAAAGUCACAUGAAAGGUCACGAUAACAAAGGCACCGCAUACAGUGCACUUCCACAACACAAUGGAUCAGAGGAUACAAAUCACUCACUUUAUCUCAGUGAGUUGGGCCUUCUGUCCACGGAUUCAGAAUUGCAAGAAAAUUCCAGUACAACACAGGACCAGGACCUCAGCACAAUUUCACCAGCAAUCAUCUUUGAGUCGAUGUUCCAGAACUCAGAUGACCCUGCAAUUCAGGAUGAUCCUCUGCAGACAGCUGCCUUGAUUGAAAGUUUUAAUGGCGAUGCAGAGUCGGUCAGUGAUGUCCCUCCACCUGCAGGAAAUGCGGCGUCUUUAUCUCUUCCACUCGUACUGCAGUCUGGCAUCUCCGAGCCACCCCAGCCUCUGCUACCAGCCUCCAAUCCGUCCGUUCCUCCACCUGCUUCCUCCCUAGGACCUGGUUCUCAGCCAGCUGCCUUUGGCAACCCUCCUGCUCUCUUACAACCUCCAGAAGUGCCUGUUCCCCACAGCACACAGUUUGCUGCUAAUCAUCAAGAGUUUCUUCCGCACCCCCAGGCGCCACCCCAGACCAUCGUACCAGGACUUUCUGUUGUUGCUGGGGCUCCUGCAUCUGCAGCAGCAGUGGCAUCAGCUGUGGCAGCAUCAGCCCCACCACAAAGUACUACUGAGCCCCUGCCUGCUAUGGUCCAGACUCUGCCCCUGGGUGCCAACUCUGUCCUAACUAAUAAUCCUACCAUAACCAUCACCCCAACUCCCAACACCGCAAUCCUGCAGUCCAGCCUAGUCAUGGGAGAGCAGAACUUACAGUGGAUAUUGAACGGCGCCACCAGUUCGCCACAAAACCAAGAACAAAUUCAGCCAGCAUCGAAAGUCGAGCAGGUGUAUUUUACCACUGCAGUACCAGUAGCCAGUAGCACAGGGAGCUCUGUUCAGCAGAUUGGCCUCAGUGUUCCUGUGAUCAUCAUCAAACAAGAGGAGGCCUGUCAGUGUCAGUGUGCGUGCCGGGACUCUGCAAAGGAGCGGGCGGCAGGCCGGAGAAAGGGAUGCUCUUCCCCACCCCCUCCAGAGCCAAACCCCCAGCCUCCUGAUGGGCCCAGCCUGCAGCUGCCACCCUAGACUUCUCCCUCAUCCCCGCUCCCCUUCAUCCUCCACCGGACCCUCUUCCUGUGAGCAAAACAAACAGGCUGAGGCCCCUCAGACCCUCCAACAUGUUAAGUGCCAUGGAUGCGUCAGAGUUCCUGUCCCUCCAGAGCCUGGACACCCCGUCCAAUCCAGUUCACCGUGAAGCACUACUGCAGGGUAGAGGAGCCGAGCCUGUCCAGCAGCUUCUCCAGGGGAAGGGCUUGUGUGCAUGCCCCUCCAGAAACAGGGUGAGCAGGAAGUACCGGGUCUGAUGCUGCCAUCAUGGGGUCAGAAAUUGGAAGGAUGAAGAAAUCUGCCAUCUGAAAGCCUCACCUUUCAGGCUUAUUUUCUUUACUUGUAUCCCAGGAACAUCCAUUUUAAGGAACUGAUCUUUUGAGGGAAAAAAAAAAAAAAGAAAAAAAAAAGCUAAGUUAUAAGUGAACUGUCUGGCUGCACUGUAUGUCACUUUGCUUAUUGUUAUGUGAACUUGGAAAUUAAGGUUACUCGUAUGCAUAAAAGUUCUAAAUGAAAGGGUGUGGUUUUCAUCAAUUUGGUACUGCCCAUCAUUUGCACUGGGGUCAUUGUGGAUUGGGCAGGAGAGUUCACUGUGCCAGGUGUUGCUCCUCCCUCUGUGUCUUUUUAAAUCUGAGGCAACACUUGAAGGGCCAGACCACUGCUCUGUGGAAGUGGGUAGUGGCAAGGGCAGGUAAGAGGUGUGAGUUGGACAGGGUGAGAUUGCUCUGUUGUUGAUGCUUGGUUUCUGUGGAGCUUGGAGUAGAUGCAGAGGGGCCUUCCUAUUUCCUGCUCAAUGCUAAGGGGCAGCUCCAGGCCUCCUAGCCAUAGUGAAGAUGUGGUUCUGCAGGGCCCUGAGGCAGUUGUUAACAGCUCUGUUGAUAAUAUGCUAGGGCUGGCGCUAGCACAGCCAUGGUCUUUGACUUUUUGGCUCUUUCCAUUUCUCGGUGCUUGUCAGGACCUGGAGCUUGGAGUUCAUCUCUCCUUAGGAAGCACCCUAUUUUAUCCUAAAGUGAACAGGAGGUUUAUGGCCAGUGGCUGUCAGGGUUUGCCUGCCUUCAGUGGUGUUUGUUUCCUCAGAGCAGAAAGGCUACUUUUCCAGAGAAGGUAUGUAUCUAAGAGAGUUGGAUGAUGUAGCAGGUGAUUGGCAGGCAUUCUGGUACCCAGGUCUAGCCAGGCUUUUGGUUAUCCCCUCUCAUCUGCAUCCCUCCCAUCUGUAGAUUUUGCAUACAGCCUCAUGUAGUGCAAACAAGGAUGUGAUUUCUAAACAAAAAGGAAUAAAAACCUAAAACGAUGAUCUUCUACUCAGGGUAAAACAAAAAAAUUCCCCUUCCACCAAAAAGCCUGAAGCUUGCAGUCAGUUACCUCAUUUGGAAUGUUUCAUUAAGUGUGUUAUAGGAUUUUUUUUUUUGUGUGUGUGUGUGUAUAGAAUUAUAUCCAUCUGUCUGCCUUUGGCUCCAGGUUCCUGCCUCUUCAAACCUAAGUACAAUCCAUAGGAGAAUGGGAGUUAUUGUCCUUGGGCUAUUUACUGUGGCCAUCAGUGUUUGGCAAGCCUAGAAAGUAGCUGCGUCCAGAGACUGGAGGAGGCCUCCGCCUCCUGCAAGAAGCAAGGUCUGGCCCUCAGACAAGAUAACCAGAGAGAGAGCUGUGUAGGUUGCCCUCCUGCUCUCUGGGCCUUUGCUCAGAGCCAGCCAGGAUGGUGUCCUUGGAGAAGGCCCUUGUCUUCAGGCAAGAUAUUUGGGGACAGUUGGCCAAGAGUGUCAUGGCGGUUAUAACGAGGAGAAAUGGGCAUAGGGACAGCAGCUGAUCUCCCAUCCCAGGAUUUGACACCCCACCCCAAAAGGCUGGUGGGUUUGGGCCACCAAAGGCCUCGGCAGGUAGGGAAGAGCCUUUGGUGGCACAGUGGUCAGUCCUUCUGGGGAACCAGCUGCUUGGGUACAGGUUGUGCUUGCCUGUUUCUAAGACUUGCGGAUAUCCACAGGAAGCUUUGUAUUCGGGUCCUUGCUGAGGAGAGCAGUGAAUGUGACCCCACAGUGACCUUGUAUCAAAGGCCAAUAAUGGUCCUCCCACGUACUCUGCCUCUCAUGACCUGGGAUUCUGGUUCCCUGAGAGCUGACAUAGGAAACAGGAGCCUAGGGAGGAUAUAUGGAAGGUUUUAAUGGUUUGAUGGCUUCUUGGUUGGCUAGGGCUGUACUCUUAAUGGUCCCUUCUUGGGUCAUUGGCUUUUCAUUCUCCACCGUUGGGUGGUGAAGAAACAUUUGAGCAGUGUUGAGGCUGAAGUGUUUCUAGGUAAAGGAGUUAAGUAUUUGCCUUUGUGGGUGAUUUUAGAACACAAGAGACUCAGAUCCAAAUGGCUUCUGGAAAGUGAGGAAUAUGCCUGGAAUCAGCAGUUCUGCAUGGCCGGGUGCAUUACACAGGGUAGGCGGGCUUUCCUGCCAUGCUAUGCUAGCACUCUUCUCCUCCCAUCCUUCUCCCACAAACCCGGCCUCUAAUGACAAGGACCUUGGAGAAGAGGGAGCCUCCUGGCCAACGCAGAGCCAGAAAAA